AUGCCUCCAACGACGAUCUCACGAGAUGAAGUGCUCAAGUUUGAAACAAUUCUCCUAGAUGCUGAUGGUACCCUAUGGGAAGAAGACGCACCAAUUCCUGGUGCCGUAGGUUUUGUUUCUGCUCUCCGAGAAGCAGGAAAACGCAUCAUUAUUGUGAGCAAUAAUCCAAACAGAUCGAUGGACGAAUAUUUGUCUAGAAUAGAGAAAAUGGGAUUUCAAGGCAUCACAGAAGAAAAUGUUAUCAAUCCCGGUCUUGUUAUGGGUGCGUACUUUCGUGAUCGGCCGGAUUACGCCCGGCAG